UGGGAAUUAAUUAAUUUAUGUGUCAUUUUUUAAAAGGAUGUAUUAUUGCUGACGCUUGAACAGAGGAGCUGGAUCAGAUGUCCGCUAACAUGGGGAAUUACAGAAUUUGUUUAAUCCUGUCAGUUUUGGGAAUUGUACAAAUGUGUGAAGGACUGAGGUGCAUAGACACACACAAACCAUGUGAAAACGGAGGAAUGUGUACAGACUCAAGAUGCAUGUGCCGGCCUGGAUAUAUAGGACCACUUUGUCAGCAUCUUGACCCGUGUCAUCGUUCACCAUGCUUUAAUGGAGCCGCCUGCAAAAGUCAGGUGGCCAACGGCAUCCCACAGUAUACUUGUGUGUGCCAGAGAGGCUUUAGAGGUCAGGACUGCUCUCUGGUAGAUGCCUGUGCUACAAGCCCAUGUGCCAACGGUGCUCGCUGCAACAACUGGAACAACCACUACAACUGCUCCUGCCCGCCCAGCUUCCAGGGCAAAAAUUGCCGCAACGACAUCGACGAGUGCCGCAAGCCAGGAAAGUGUCUGAACGGUGGAGUUUGCAUGAACACGCAUGGCUCCUUCCGCUGCGAGUGUCUAAACGGGUACAGCGGGCGCACAUGUGAAAUACCCACGCAGCCCUGCGCUCCGUCUCAGUGCCUUAACGGGGGAACCUGCCAUCAGACCGGGGACCACACAUACGAAUGUGCUUGCUUGCCAGGUUUCAAGGGCGUGAACUGCGAGGUGAACGUGGACGACUGUCCUGGCCACAAGUGCAUGAAUGGAGGCACUUGCGUAGAUGGAGUCAACACCUACAACUGCCAGUGUCCACCCGAGUGGACAGGUCAGUACUGUGCUGAGGAUGUGAACGAGUGCCUGAUGCAACCGAAUGCCUGCCACAACGGUGGCACGUGCUUCAACACCAUUGGCGGCCACACGUGCGUCUGCGUGAAUGGCUGGACGGGCAACGACUGCAGUGAAAAUAUCGAUGACUGCGCCACAGCAGUGUGCUUUAACGGUGCCACGUGCCAUGACCGCGUGGCGUCCUUCUUCUGCGAGUGUCCCGUCGGCAAGACUGGUCUACUGUGCCACUUGGAUGAUGCAUGUGUAAGUAACCCCUGCAAUGAGGGCGCCGUGUGCGACACCAACCCGCUCAAUGGUCGCGCCAUCUGCACGUGCCCAGCAGGAUUCAUCGGAGGGGCCUGUAACCAAGACAUGGAUGAAUGCUCCAUAGGUGCCAAUCCAUGCGAGCACUUUGGAAAGUGCGUGAACACAGAGGGUUCCUUCCAGUGCCAGUGUGGCCGCGGCUACACCGGACCUCGCUGUGAGAUCGACAUCAACGAGUGCCUGUCCAUGCCCUGCCAGAACGAUGCCACCUGCCUGGAUCGCAUCGGACAGUUCACCUGCAUCUGCAUGCCUGGCUAUGCUGGAACUCACUGUGAGAUCGACAUUGACGAGUGUGAAAGUAACCCCUGCGUCAACGACGGCAUCUGCAGAGACCUGGUUAAUGGAUUCACCUGCACCUGUCAGCCAGGCUUCAGUGGCACCAUGUGCCAGAUUGACAUUGACGAGUGUGCCAGUACGCCCUGCCAGAACGGAGCCAAGUGCAUCGACCGGCCCAAUGGCUACGAGUGCCGCUGCACUGAAGGAUUCGAGGGCAGACUCUGCGAGAGUAACAUUGAUAACUGCCAGCCUGACCCAUGCCACCACGGCACCUGCAUAGACGGCAUUGCCAGCUACACCUGUAACUGCGUGCCAGGCUAUACAGGCUACCGCUGCGAAAACCAACUCAACGAGUGCCACAGUAACCCAUGCCAGAAUGGGGGCAAGUGUGUGGACCUGGUUAACAAAUACAUCUGCCAGUGUCAACAUGGCACAUCAGGGACCAACUGUGAGAUCAACUUCGACGACUGUGCCAGCAACCCUUGUGACUAUGGCAUCUGCAAGGAUGGAAUCAACCGGUAUGACUGUGUGUGCAAGCCUGGCUUCACUGGCCCCAAGUGUAACGUGGAGAUGGACGAGUGCUCGUCAAACCCCUGCCGAAACGGAGGCACCUGUAUAGACGAGGAGAACGGUUUCCGCUGCCUGUGCCCACCUGGCUUCCAUGAACCGUACUGCUAUUCUCAUGUGGAUGUGUGCAGUAACAGCCCAUGUGUACAUGGCGCCUGCAGAGAGGAUCCCAACGGCUAUAGGUGUGAUUGUGAACCAGGCUGGGUUGGGAAGAACUGUGAUCUAGAUCGUAAUGACUGCCUGCCCAGUCCCUGCCAGAAUGCCGGCACCUGUAUUGACCAGCUGAACGGCUUCACCUGCAAAUGUCGCCAGGGUUUUAGAGGAAACCUAUGUCAGGAGAACAUAAACGAGUGUGCAUCCAGUCCCUGUCGUAAUCACGGCACCUGCGUGGAUGGAGUGGCCAGUUUCACCUGUCUAUGUGAGUCUCCAUACAGCGGACCCACCUGCGACGAAGAGCCCUGCUCUCCCAACCCCUGUGCCAACAAUGCUCAAUGCAUCCACACACCUGACUAUGUGGGAUACAAGUGCACCUGCCCAACUGGAUGGCAGGGUCAGCUGUGUAACAUUGAUGUGAAUGAGUGCACAUCUAACCCAUGCAAGAACCGCGGGACUUGCACGAACACCCUCGGAGGCUACGUGUGCUCCUGCCGCAGUGGCUACUCUGGGCCAAACUGUGAAACCGACAUUAACGAUUGUGUCCCCAAUCCAUGUCUGAGUGGCGGCUCAUGUGUGGACGGUGUUAACACCUUCUAUUGCACCUGCCUGCCCGGGUUCACAGGGCCUCGAUGCGCCAUCGAGGUGAACGAAUGUCAGAGCUCCCCCUGCAAGAACGGAGGCACCUGCACCGACUAUGUCAACAGCUACACCUGCACUUGCAAACCAGGCUACACCGGCCUGCACUGCGAGACCAACAUACCCGACUGCACAGAAAGCUCCUGCUUUAAUGGUGGAACCUGUGUGGACAAGAUCAACGGCUUCUCUUGCACAUGCCGCCCCGGCUUCACCGGUGACCACUGCCAGUACGAGGUUAACGAAUGCGACUCGCAGCCCUGCCUCAACGGAGGAGUGUGUCACGACGGUGUGAAGUCGUUCCGCUGCUCCUGCCCCAAAGGCUACACUGGCAAUCGCUGCCAGAUGCCUAUGGACUGGUGUAGACGCUCAAACCCGUGCCAGAACAGCGGCCGCUGCAGGCCAAAGGACGGCUCUUUCACCUGUGACUGCUUGGGCAGCUGGUCGGGACGCUACUGUGACAUUCCAGGAGUUUCCUGUGAAGUGGCAGCCAUUCAGAGAGGUCUUCAGACAGAUGAGCUUUGUCAUCAUGGUGGUCACUGCGUUAACACGGGAAACUCUCACUUCUGCAAGUGCCCUGUUGAUUACACAGGCAGCUACUGUGAGAGUCAGGUGGAUCUCUGUGAAGACAAACCUUGCCUCAAUGGUGCAGCUUGCAGAGGCUACGUAGGAGGAUACACAUGUGAUUGUUUGCCAGGGUAUGAAGGGCAGAACUGCGAGAGGGAGGUCAAUGAGUGCCGCUCUCACCCGUGUCAGAACGGAGGCACUUGUAUUGAUAUGGUGGGCCACUACAUCUGCUCAUGCCCUCCUGGCACACUGGGCGUCCUUUGCGAGAUAAAUGAGGAUGACUGUGCUACACCGACCUGGCCUCGUGGCAUGCCAAAGUGCCAGAAUAACGGUACCUGUGUAGACCGGGUGGGUGGAUACCACUGCAACUGUCCUCCUGGCUUCACCGGAGAGCGCUGUGAGGGCGACAUAAACGAGUGCCACUCAAACCCCUGCAAUCCGGCCAAUAGUUUCGACUGCAUUCAGCUGCCCAACGACUACCAGUGUGUCUGCAAGCCUGGCUUCACUGGGCGUGGUUGUCAAAACCGCUUCAGUACGUGCGAGUCUCAGCCAUGUAAGAACAACGGAGCAUGCUCAGUGUCCAGUAAUUCUCCAGUGGGAUACAUCUGCACUUGUCAGCUAGGCUAUACUGGGUUAAACUGUGAGCGCAGCAUGUCAUGCCGUGAGCUCUCCUGCUACAACGGCGGCAGUUGCAGUCUGACACCCCGUGGUGCCCGCUGCACGUGUCCGCAGGGCUACGCGGGUCCACAGUGCCAACACCGCUCUAACGAGAGCUGUGCGUCCAAGCCUUGCCGUAACGGUGGUACGUGCACAGAGGAGGUCUCACACCCCUACUUCAGCUGCCAGUGCAUGCCUGGCUGGCGUGGAAAACGCUGCGAGCAGGAGUCACGCAGACUCGAGGUCCCGGCACCCAUCUGCCCAAAUCCCGACUGCCACGGCAAGGCCAACGAUGGCGUAUGUGACAAGAAGUGCAACACGUUCGCGUGCCGCUGGGAUGGAGGGGACUGCUCGCUUGCCGUAAACCCGUGGGCUCACUGUACUGACCCACGCUGCUGGCGCGUCUUCAACAACAGCCUGUGCGAUGAGACGUGCAACAAUGCUGAAUGCCUGUACGACAACUUCGACUGCCGGAGCAAAGAGAAAGUUUGCAAUCCUAUCUACGAGACGUACUGCAUGGACCACUACGCAGACGGCCGCUGCGAUCAGGGCUGUAACAACGAGGAGUGUGGCUGGGACGGACUGGACUGUGCCAAGACCGUUCCAGAAGACCUGGCGGACGGUGUGCUGGUCAUUGUGGUGCUGCUGCCGCCCGAUGAGCUGUUGCGCACGGGCACGGCCUUCCUGCAGAAGCUCAGCAGCAUCCUGCGCACAUCCCUGCGCUUCCGCCUCGACCACAACGGAGACGCCAUGAUCCGGCCCUAUACCCGACGCGAGGCGCGUCUGAAACGAGAGCUCCAGCCUCAUAACGAGGUCAUUGGGUCCAUCGUGUAUUUAGAGAUUGAUAAUCGGCUCUGCACACAGGACUCUGAUAAUUGUUUCCCCUCUGCUGAGAAUGCUGCAGAUUAUCUGGGGGCUCUCUCUGCUCAGGAGAUGCUGCGUUUCCCAUAUCCGCUGAAAGAAGUCCGCAGUGAGAAAAUAGUGGACCCAAAUGAGGUACCCGAAUGGGGUAAACUGCUGCUGGUGGGCGUAGCAGCGCUCUUCCUAAUGGUCAUUAUGGUGGUGGGCAUGCUCAUUGCACGCCGCAAACGUGAGCACAGCACCCUCUGGUUCCCUGAGGGCUUCUUCCUCAAGAAGGAAACCAGUAGCAAUAAGAACCGCAGAGAGCCCGUGGGUCAGGAUGCUCUGGGCAUGAAACACAUGCCAAAGACAGUGGAAGAGUCUUUACUGGCAGACCAUAGUGAUCAGUGGAUAGACACCGACUGUCCUGAGGCCAAGAGACUUAAGGUGGAGGAGCCCAGUAUCCUCUCAGACACUGAAGAUGCUGUGGACAGCAGGCAGUGGACGCAGCAUCACUUGGCAGCCGCAGAUAUUCGUAUGCCCCCUUCCAUGGCGCUAACACCUCCACAAGGCGAAUUCGAUGGAGACUGCAUGGAUGUCAAUGUGCGCGGACCAGAUGGGUUUACUCCACUGAUGCUGGCCUCAUUCUGCGGUGGAGGACUGGAGCCAGAGGUGGUCGAGGAGGAGGAUCCUGAGGAGUCUACAGCCAACAUCAUAUCAGACCUCAUUUACCAAGGGGCAUCUCUGGGUGCCCAGACAGAUCGGACCGGAGAAACAGCCCUGCACCUUGCCGCCCGCUAUGCACGUGCCGAUGCUGCCAAGCGGCUGCUGGAUGCUGGAGCUGAUGCCAAUGCACAGGACAAUACGGGUCGCACACCACUACAUGCAGCAGUAGCUGCUGAUGCUCAGGGUGUCUUCCAGAUUCUGAUUAGAACACGAGCAACAGAUCUGGACGCACGCAUGUACGAUGGCUCCACUGCUCUGAUCCUGGCUGCUCGGUUGGCAGUAGAGGGCAUGGUCGAGGAGCUCAUCACCUGCCAUGCUGAUGUAAAUGCGGUCGACGAGCUGGGUAAAUCUGCACUGCACUGGGCUGCAGCUGUAAAUAAUAUUGAAGCCACUGUUGCCCUGUUGAAGAAUGGAGCUAAUAAAGACAUGCAAGAUCUUAAGGAGGAGACACCGCUCUUCUUGGCUGCGAGAGAAGGCAGCUGUGAGGCAGUAAAGGUGCUGUUGGCGCACUUUGCAAACCGUGAGAUAACAGACCACAUGGAUCGGCUCCCGCGCGACAUUGCACAGGACCGCAUGCACCACGACAUUGUGCAGAUUCUAGACGAGUACAACACCGUUCGCAGCCCACAGAGCCACGCAAGCGCCGGGCAUCACCUUGCUAGCGGUCAUGCUCUAUCGCCUCUCAUGUGCCCGCCAGGUAGCUUCUUGCCCAACCUGAAGAACACACCACAGAGUAAAAAGAACCGCAGAGCAGGUUCCAAAGGCAUAGGGCAGCACGGUAGCAGCCUGAAGGAUGCAGCUAAGGCACGCAGCAAGAAACUAACUUUGGACAUGCAGAGCGCCUUGCUGGACAGCUCAGUCACACUGUCUCCGGUAGACUCGCUGGACUCACCGCGUGGCGGCACCAGUAACGCCGGAUACCUCACCAACCCGGCCUCUCCAGCUGCAAUGCCUUCACCGGGCAUCUUCCACUCUGUGCCCACUACUCCCAUGGUGCACAGCAGUAUGAUGGAUGCAGGUGGUCCGUUUGCUGUUUCGCUGGCUGGUUUGAAUGAGUUGAACCAGGCUUCCCAUAGCUACACGCUCAACCCUGCACAGAUGGGCCUGAGCAUGGGAUUGAUAAGCCCUGUGAGCGUGCCGUUUGACUGGCACAGCCGUGCAGCACAGUCCACUCAGUGCACCCAGCCUAUGGUGAGCAUGGUGCAUCCGGGGACCCCCGGCACCAUGCAGCCUGGCGCUAUGCUCAUGCACCAGCAGGUGUUCCGUAGCGCCCAGCAGACCAUGCUCCAGCCCACACCAGUCACCAGCACACCCACCAUUAGUCCCAUCAAGCUGCCCUCUAUUGCUGAACAGCAGCUCCACGGGCACGGCAUGACCAACCAGCAGGCUCUGGCACGCCUGGGCUCCUCGACGCCCCCCACAGCACAGCAGCCUCCACAAGUCUUCUACCAGCAGCAGCCUAGUCAGCCUCAGCAGCAGCCACCUCAAGUCACUGCAGUAUCACAGAGCCAGACCACUCCUCCACAGGUCUCUCAGGCACCCCCAGUGCAGGCCAGCAGCAGCAUCACCACAGCAGGACUGGAGGACUACCCCACUCCACCUUCCCAACACAGCUGCACCUCUAACGUCGAUGCCACACCCAAGCAUUACCUACACGUGCCAAGUGAGCACCCUUACCUGACCCCCUCACCAGAGUCUCCAGAAGCAUGGUCAAGCCCCUCCCCUCACUGCGUCUCUGAUUGGUCCGACUCCACGCCCAGUCCAACGGUUUCCGGCUGCACUCCUGCCCACACCCAAAUCCCCCAUGCCCCCGAGGCCAAUGGAAAGAUGCAGGUGUUCGCGUGAGCAGAACUUUCGAUAAGGAUUCGUACCCGAGGGCUCGCGUCUCGUCUCUUCUGUGGUUUUUUAACUUUUUUAACGUCAGCCCAUUUCCAAGAUUUUAAUUGGAUUAGGAUUGACUUUGUCAAGAGGACUGUCUGCUGGAUGUUGUCUGCAGAGCAAAGCAUAAAGGGAAAAUUGUGUUGUCUUAAAAAGAAAAGACAAUUUAAUGAAGUAAGACGUUCCGUCACAGAUGGACUUUUUUAUUAUUAAAAAAAAAAAGUAUAUGAAGAAAAAAAAACCACGUCUUUCAUUUCAAAGACUUGGGACACUUUCCUGAAACUAACAAACUUUUUAUAAUGUAGAUUAAGAAAAAAAGUGAAAUGUUGAAGGAAAAUCCUUUGUUUUGUAUUUAUUGUCCUCUAAAACUGCCUUGUGGGCAUCCACUCGCUCUGUCUGUCUCCAGUUCUCGGAGCAAAACGUGUUUUUCACAUCCUCUUUGACAGCUGUUACACCUUUACCUGUGUGUAUGAUUGUUACAGCAGUAGAAGCUUGUGGUUCACUGGUUUUGCCCAUAAAGCCACGAGGCAAACAGGAAGAGUUGGACGUGUCACCUCUUGUAAGUGGAAUUAUUUAUUUAGGCCGGCAUUGAUUCACAAAAUUGGCUUUGUAGAAUACCUAGCCAUGUUUAAUUGGCCAGCAUUUGUGAUAUGUAUCAAUUUGAUAAACUAAAGUGAACCGAUACAUUCCGUAGUGUUACUACGUGGGGCAAUAAUGUUAAGGGGCAUUUCUGAAGCACUUCUAAGGCCAAGCGUGUAAAAUUGAUAGCUGCUGUUUUGAAGCAGCACUGAUGCAAACUAACGUCAAGCAUUGCUAAUAGGAAAGCAUUAAAGUGUUAACAGUGAUGGAAACACUUCCACCUGUAUCUGUAUCAGCUCUGCUGAGCCACAAAGGGCCAAGUUUUUCUACCGUCUGUCCUUUAGUCUGUUCUUUUAAACUCACUGCCUGCCCUUCUGACUGUUCUUUUUUGGUUGUAUAAAUUUAUUUGACUUUUUUAUUGUUUAUAUUCUGUAUUUUUUAUAACCGUGGUUACCUUUGGGACAUCAGUAUGGUACAAUAAGCUGUUUUUAUUGGUUGCUGCUUUUUUGUCGCUUUACAGUGACACAUGCUUCUCCCAUCCCGAGUCCUUUAUUUCUCCCCAGCCUUGUCUACAACUGGACCAGAAGAAAGCCUUGUCCUGACCCCUGGUCCUGUCUGUGAUUGAGCCCUGGAUGUUACAUUUCUGUGGUCCUGUCGGUUCAUUUCGAAUGGUCCGAUCAUAUUCAUUAUGCACGGUGUGCCAGUAUGCAUGUGAUGUGUACUACUUAUAUUUGGAGGGUUUGAUUGUCUGAAGAGGUGGCUAGUGGGCUGCUAGUGCUCUGUCACUCCUCAGGGAGGUGUUAUAUAGCAUGCAGUGUAGUCUGCAUCUCUAGUAGCUUCCACCCAACCAGUCUGGAGAAUGGUUAUCUUCCCUGCGUAAACACACUAGUACAGUAAACACUGCUAUGUAGUGUUUCCCUCUGCUGUCUGCUGCAGGUGCAGGUGUUUAUUUCUCUAAAAAAUCCAUCCCAAACAUUAAACCGUACUAGUUCCACCAUGCUUUCUUUGUAAGCCAGGAUGCCCAUUUUAUAGGAUUGUGUUUUACACUUAUCGUCGUCCUUUUAUAUCAAAGCAGUCACUGCCAAACAACUACCUGCCACAUAUUUCACCAAGCUGAGCAAUAAUUCAGCUUCUGUGGGUCUAAAACCAUUUGUUCUUCUAUUUGGACCUUAGUAUUUUUUUUCUACACACAUUCUAACAAGGAAGAACAUCCUAAAAGCCUCUUUGCCCAUAAUAGCCCUCAGUCUUCCUCUACGCUCUGGACUUUUUAAAAUAAUUUCAGCAUUUUUGUACAUAUGAUUGUUUUGUUUAGGUAUAUUUGUUUAAAAGAAGUCUAAUGUUUCUAAAAUGAUUAUGUACUAAAAAGACAAUAAGUAAAUGUACCUUCUAUUAGCAUUAUUUUUUUUAAAUGAGGAUGUGACUGAUAUGUAUUGGUCUUGCAUUACUAGAACAGCCAUAGAUAUUUUCUGUCUUUAUUAUUAAUUUCUAUACUUGUUUAAAAGUAGUUUAAAUCAUUGUAUAUAAACACUUUUCACGUUUCUUUCUACAGACAAAAGUUGUAAAAUAAGUUACUUCUAAUAAAACAGUAGGGAACUACA